AUCCCUCAUUACUACUCUUUUACAUUCUCAUCUUCAUAUAGUAUAUCUUUACAUUAAAACGUCUAUCACUCUUUCUAGACGUUUCAACUCUCGAACGUUAUCAACCAACCCCUUUGUGAGAUCACCGUUACCCGUUGGUGUGUAAAUACCCGAAGUUGAAAGUACAAACCCUGUUGUGGUCCUUCCAACUCUUUCAACCCCCUUCUUCAUCUUCAUCUACCUUACCUUAUCUUUCUUACAGUACUUCUCUUGAUAACUACCAAACUUGAAUUCGAUCUCGAUACAGGAACGAAAGAAGAAUCAAGAAAUAUAAACAUGACCACUAGGGCUGCAAAUUCUCGUAGGGCAGCAAGUAGAACUCGUACGGACGAAAAUGCCGUUCCUUCUCAAACUCUCAGAUCAAAACCUUCUCUUUCUUCAUUAGGUCCGGCGCAAAAGGUUGGCGUCACUGUGAACCAAGGGAAGAAAGUGGGUGCGAAGGUCGGUGCGAAGAGGACUGUUUUGGGUGGUGUGGUAGGUAAUGGUGUUAAGGAUGAUGUGGAAGAAGGAAAGAAAGCUUUGAAACCAACAACCAAAACAAUCCUCACUGAAACCCGCCAACCUUUGCAAACACGAAACAACAACGUCCCUUCUACCGUCCCCAAUGGCCCUUCACGCGUCAUCGCUCCAGUACCUCAUCGCGCCAAACCUACCUCUGUCCAUGUGGACGCCCCUAUGCCAUCGGACGACUUGUCCGAGAUGGACGUCGAUACCCGACGGCCAGAAGUUUUGUCCAGAGAAGAAGAUGAAUCUUCUUUGGUAGGUUCGGACGAAGAGGAAGAUGAUGAAGAAGAUGAGGAUGAUUGGUUACGUUUACCAGAAGAUGCUGCCGCUCAAGUAGAAGAAGAGUUAGCUUUGGUUAGAAAUUCUUUCAAAGAUGAUGUGGACAUGUUUGACACUACCAUGGUGGCUGAAUAUGCCGAUGAGAUCUUUCAACAUAUGGAGAACUUGGAACAAAGUGUCAUGCCUAAUCCUCGUUACAUGGACUUUCAGACGGAGAUCGAAUGGACAAUGCGAUCAACACUGAUCGACUGGCUCCUCCAAGUUCACCUCCGUUACCACAUGCUUCCAGAAACGUUAUGGAUAGCCGUCAAUCUCGUCGAUCGUUUCCUUUCCGUCCGAGUUGUAUCCCUCGUCAAACUCCAACUGGUAGGCGUCACAGCCAUGUUCAUCGCUGCGAAGUACGAAGAAAUUCUCGCCCCAUCUGUCGAAGAAUUCGUAUUCAUGACCGAAAGUGGAUACACCAAAGAUGAAAUCCUCAAAGGUGAACGCAUCAUCCUUCAAACAUUAGACUUUACCAUCUCCUCUUACUGCUCUCCUUACUCCUGGGUCAGACGGAUCUCCAAAGCGGACGAUUAUGAUAUCCAAACGAGAACAUUGUCAAAGUUCCUCAUGGAGGUCACAUUGUUGGAUCAUCGGUUUUUGAGAUGCAGACCGAGUAUGAUAGCUGCUGUUGGUAUGUAUUUGGCGCGGAGGAUGUUGAAUGGGGAUUGGAACGACGCCUUCGUGUAUUACUCCGGUUUCACAGAAGUUCAACUGGUCCCUGGCGCAAUGCUCCUAUGUGAACGUCUCGUCGAACCAUCCUUCGAAGGCGUAUACGCUUACAAGAAAUAUUCCAACAAGAAAUUCCUUCGAGCAAGUACGUUUGCCAGGGAAUGGGCAAUGAAACAUGCUCCUUCAUCUUGGUGAUUUCGACUUUUCAAAUGUCCGACUUGUCCUAUUCAAAUGAUUCUUCCAACACCAUCAUGGAGGUCGGUUAUUGGGGAUAUUCAAGGCGGAUAGCGAUCCAUUUGAAGAUGUUAGGAAGAGCAUCACCGAUACUUGUGAACGGAGAGAGGAAGUCACUUGGAAGAAGAGGAAUGGGAAGAAGGAAGAAGGGGAAAGGGGAAGAAGACUUUUUUUUACCGAACACUUUACUUUGCCAAAUCAUCAAAUCAUCAUAAACACACACACACACCCUCGAAGAAACAGUCACAUUUACCCACCGGUCUCUUGCAUACCCUUUUGAUUCUAUUCUAUUCAUUCAUGGACAAUCCGUAGCUCUAGUCAUAGUCGUAAAUCAUGAGCCUUAAGUCAUCUGAGAGAAACGAAGUUUUCUUUUACCUGUUUUUGACAAAGACGUCACAUGCAUCUUUAUUGAGACG